AUUUUAUAUAUACACGGUUAUAUUAAUAUUAUAUUUCAUUUUAACUAAGUUUCGCCAAAUGAAAAGUGUAAGUUACACUCCAUCAACAACUGAUGAAUAAGAACACGUAAGUACAUUGUAAACAUUAUGACAAAAAUUAAAACUGGUUCACUUCAAAAUGUAGUAGAAUUUUUCAACACCAAGUGCUUUGUAUUUAAAAUAAUUCUGAAUUUAAUUUUUACCGGAAAAAUAGGAUUAAAAUAUGAAACAGAGAAAAUGUUAGAUACAUUAGGAUGUUUGGGUGGUGAAACACUUAGAUUGAAAUCAAUCAAUAAGGCUAAUGAAGUAAAAUCGAUUAGCAGAAGUAAACAAAAAGAGGUCAUUAAUCAAACAACAAAAUGUUUUCAACCAGUAACGAAUAAACUUAAUACAACAACCGAAUCACAACUACAAAGUGAAAUAGUUUAAUAUGGAUAGUAAAAAAAGAAAAACCACUUCACCUAACAGAUAUUUGGCUCGCUAACAUAGUUUCGAAGCUUUUUCCGAUGCUGCUUUCCAAUUGGCUAGUUAAUCGCAGGUCGCUGAGAUAUUUGUACUAACCUAUAUUAUACAUUACGAAGUCCGUCAAUGUUGUUUGGUUCCUGUUUGAUAAAGGGGACAGAUAUCAAAUUUUAAACUUCAGUUACUAUUGGACAAAACCUUUUUAGUCAAACUAAAUUACAGUUAUAUUAAGCACUUUAAGUAUCAUCCUUGGAUUCAAUAAUUUGACAUAUAUAAGUGGAUUUAUAAAAAACGUAGUCCACCCAUACCAAAGUCGUACAUAUAUGAUAACUUGUUUUAUGUAAGCUAUUCGCUUAAGUAGAACACUAAAACAACAGUAGAUGGUUUGUAGUAUCAACAAAAUUUAAAAAAACUCUAAUAUAAUAGAAUACAGAACCAAUAUGUUAUGCUAGUUUUCUCCUCAAUGAUAGGAACUUAAAGGCUACAAAUAUGAGUUAAACGGGUUGUGAUAACAAAACGCAUUGUAAUGUUCUCCUUGUCAAUGUAUAUAAUAUUCAAUGGAGUAUUGAUACCAACAAAUCAUGAUGUAUACUUUGAUCAGUUUCAAUUUCACUUUAGAAAGGACAAGUGACUUGUUAGCCUAUAUUCAUCCUUGCAUGAUCCUGAUAGUCUCUCAAUUAAUCCAACUUUCUUUUGAAAGAGUCAACAGUUAAACCUUCAAUCACUUGUUAAGCUAAUGAAGAAUUCCACUUGUUGAUGAUUCGAUAACAAAAGGCCAAUCAUCAUCUGAUAAGUAAUUUGUUCUGAUCUUAUAAAUAUAAACAUUAUUCAACUAUUAUUAUUCAUAAAAUCAAGGGA